CGCUGCAAUGACAGCCACAUUGCUAACCUCACCAGUCGCACUCAGAGAAAGAACUAGGAAACAGUGGCCACACAAUCACAUUACAAACAAGGGGAGGCGACGAACAAGGAAAACAAAGGAGUUUUCGUUCCGCGGAGCACCCUAAAUUGCCCUUUGCUACCUUGACAAAUCGGAGGAGACUUGUGAAAACAUCGUUUACAAGGUGGACAGUGCGCUGCCUGGUCACUCGUGGUAACUCUCCACCAUGCCUUUCCCCUUUGGCAAGUCCCACAAGUCGCCAGCGGACAUAGUCAAGAACCUUAAGGACAGCAUGACGGUGCUGGAGAAGCACGACAUUUCCGACAAGAAAGCAGAGAAGGCCACAGAGGAGGUGUCCAAAAGCCUAGUGGCCAUGAAGGAGAUCCUGUACGGUACCAAUGAGAAGGAGCCACAAACAGAGGCGGUGGCCCAGCUGGCCCAGGAGCUCUACAACAGCGGCCUACUCAGCACCCUCAUAGCGGACCUGCAGCUCAUCGACUUUGAGGGUAAGAAGGAUGUGGCUCAGAUCUUCAACAACAUCCUGAGGCGUCAGAUUGGUACUCGGACGCCCACAGUGGAGUACCUCUGCACCCAGCAGAAUAUCCUUUUCAUGCUGCUUAAAGGGUAUGAGUCUCCAGAGAUUGCUCUGAACUGCGGCAUCAUGCUGAGGGAGUGCAUCAGACAUGAACCACUGGCCAAAAUCACAUUGUGGUCAGAGCAGUUCUAUGACUUCUUCAGAUACGUGGAGAUGUCUACGUUCGACAUUGCCUCAGAUGCAUUUGCCACUUUUAAAGACCUACUCACAAGACACAAGCUACUGAGCGCAGAGUUUCUUGAGCAGCAUUAUGACAGAUUCUUUAGUGAAUAUGAGAAGUUACUCCACUCAGAGAACUACGUGACUAAAAGGCAGUCCCUCAAGUUACUGGGGGAGUUGCUUCUCGACCGGCACAAUUUCACCAUCAUGACGAAAUACAUCAGCAAGCCAGAGAAUCUCAAACUAAUGAUGAACCUUCUACGGGACAAGAGCCGCAACAUCCAGUUUGAGGCUUUCCACGUUUUCAAGGUGUUUGUUGCCAACCCCAACAAGACUCAGCCCAUCCUGGACAUUCUGCUGAAGAACCAGACCAAACUCAUCGAGUUCCUCAGCAAGUUCCAGAAUGACAGGACGGAGGAUGAACAGUUCAACGAUGAAAAGACGUACCUGGUCAAACAGAUCAGGGACCUGAAGAGGCCUGCCCCCCAGGAGGCCUGAGGGGUGGUACAGGGGUGGAGGGGGGAGGAGCCACCAGGACCAUGUCUGGACGACCUCCAGACAACGUCUGCUUAACGGACCCAUCAGCAGCUGCUGUUCUGGUUUCUGAACAGAAAUAGAGGAAACAAAUGAAAACCAACGAAAUACAAAUGUACCCAUAUCAACUCAUCAGGAAGUCACGAGCUCCUCUGCUCCCCAAUAGACAUUUGACUUUUUUCUCAGUCUUUUUCCUUUAAAAAGAAAAAAAAAACAAGAAAAUAAUAGAUGCUGCUGCUUUCUUGCACAUUGAGACAUGUAAGGUAUACCAUUAAGACAUAACAGUCAUUCAAACAAAAGGUUACAGAAAACUUCAGUGCAUAUAUGUAAUGCAGACUUCCUGAUAGACGCGCACACACACGCACAUACACCCACACACACACAAAGCAACAAACAUCAAACGUAGAUACAAGUAUACAUACGUGCAGACAUGCAUACACACAUACUGCAAGAAUAUCAGCUAAAACCUUGUGAUGGAAAAGGUACUAGCAAGUUGAACAUUGGGGUGUUUGUUGCAUGCCUUGAAAUGUGACAGAUCCAUGGCUGUACCCGGUGUCGGCUCUGUGACGGCCUGCCAAGUCUGGCUCCCAUGUUCAGUGCCACAGACUUGGGAAGCGCACGUGCAUCGCAGUAACGGCUACAAUUCAUAUCUAUGCCUUCAUCCAGUAUAGUGACAGUGAUUCAUUUUACUGAUUUGUGAUUUGAGACCAGCUGUCAGACGCCAUCACAUAGAACCAUUUACUUCCUGCGUGCUUUGUAAUGACACGGCACUUAAAGCACAUGAGGGAAGGAGGGAGGGAUGCAAGGUAUGAAUUUGGUACAGCCCGAGAGUUGGGUCUCUUUAUUGUUUUCUGGGACAGGGUGAACAUGUACAUAUGCCUUUUUUUUCUUGCUUUGUAGAUUUUUGUUUAACCUUGACAUAUGAAUAUAUAUUAUAUAUAUAUUACCUUAAACAUCAUGUUUUUGGUUAAUUGUAAUCAAAUUACUUUUUAAACCGUAAAAUGAAACAAAAAAGUUCAUUGACAUUGUUUUUUUUUUUUUUUUUUGCAUUUCAUUUUACUGCUGAAAUGGUUGCUGGUGGGUUUCUUUGUACAUAACUUAAAGGGCCAGCUCACGUUUAGCUAACCUAAAGGACAUUAAUAGUUUGUACAGCGGAGGAAUGUCAUGGUAUUAGCUCUGGAUCUGUUAAUCCUCUUUUUAUUCUCCAUCUACAUUUUGAGUAUCUCUCACAGACUGCUAAAAGCGUGCCGGGGUGGAUGGGAGGGCAGUGUGAGCAGAGCAGACGGGGAUUGGGAGAGCGCUAACUGAAAAUUAAAGCCUGUGUGUUUGUGCACUUUGUGAGGUGCUGAGCGACCAACACCACCUAACUGGAGUCAAGGAUGGUGUGAAUGCCACCUCCCUACCCCCUAUUUCAUUAAGUAACUAAAAUAAUUUCAUUCUUGCCGCCUCAUUGGUGGCCUGGGAGCGUUGUGGCCCCAAGCUGAGGCGUGCUUCUGGGGUGAACCUAAAGGGAUGUUGGCAACUCAGCACAUCAUUCUUACUUUUUCCCCUUUUCCUCAACUUUGAGCCUUUUUCUUCAGAGGGUUUAUAAUUCCAGUACAAUUAUGGGUGUAAAGCAUUGUGGGUAGCACAGUACUUUGGGCAUGUUGGAUUGUCUACAUGGGACUGAGCAAAACGGAUGCAUCCACUGAAUUGUUACUUUGCAGUGAAAUUACAUUGUCCAUGUAAUGGUACGUACAUUUGAGGCAUAUUCAUACAUGCAGACAGGCAGUUUUUCCAACCAUCCCGGUGCAAACAAUAAGCGGCACUACUCAAACAAGCCCAGUAUUCCUCCAUGCACAUUGGACUUGCAUGUUCCUCCAUUGGCUGUGCAUGAUGCUGUACUUAAGAUGUUGUACUGGAAUUUUCUUUAUUUUUUUUUUCCAAAUAUUUAACAACAUUGAAAUGUUAAAUUGAACUCCUAGCUAUAUGGUUGUGCGCUGACUUUGACUCCAGUUUCAGCAUAGAGUGUGUGGGUGCUUUCAGAAGUGUCAAAAAGGCCUGGGCCCUACAAUCGAAACAACCGAAAUAAA